UUUCCUCCAUUAGCGGUUUGGCGGUCGGAGCACACCGAUGUUGCUUUGUCGUACCCAAUUUCGUUUGACGCGCCCGCAGUACAGUUGUACGUAGCUCAAGUCCAUCACCUGCGCCGCAGUAUAGUUACGACUGUGCGCGGAUUGAUAUUAUAAUAGUUACCUGCCUACGACAUUGCCGCGGUACACGCGUCUGCAGAUGUUUGGUGUCCGCCGGCGAUUCUGCAGGACGAUUAUCAGACAUGAAACGAUUUUGCGCGUUGUACGCAGCCUUUGUCCCAAUCACUGCAGGACUGGUGCUGUUGUGGCCUGUGGACGAUGUGUUUUCCGCCGACUCCGCUGCCCCGCCGGCGACCACCGCCACCGUAUCCUCGGCAGUGGCCAGCGCUUCCUCGGCCAUCGCCACCGCGUCUUCGGCCAUCGCCACCGCUUCGUCGGCCAUCGCCACUGCGUCUUCGGCCAUCGCCACCGCCUCCUCGGCCAUCGCCACUGACCCGUCGGCCGCCGCAGUGGACACGAUCGCUUGCGACAACGAUACCGCCGAUCUGUGCAACACCGCGGACGCCGCAACUUCCGCCAAAAGCGGAAACGACGACGAUUGCAGUACGGUCGCGUCUGCUCUGAGGAUCGGACACGGUGCGGACGAGUCGCCGGUCGCGCGGGUCCACGACGACCGCGGACGAACGGACCGAAGUCUCGACGCGAAUCCUCACCGCCGCGCCGACGGAUACGGCUUGAACGACGUCCGACCGAGGACAGCCGGCGUGAAAAUGAUCGAGCAAAUCAUAUUGACCGCCGCGAGCAUGUUUUUCGAAAAACUGGAAAUGGCCGUGUACAUGUCGCUGUACAAACUCAAAGUUAUCUACACCACGUUGAUAUCGCCGGUGUUACAUAGUUUUUAACCGGUAGUGUUUUUUUUUUUUGUUGUUGUUGUUCAGUUGUUGUUGUUGUUGAAAACAAUUUCUCCCUUCCUUUUGGAUCGUCAACGAUGCACGCUAAAAUAACAUUAUUGUAUACAACGAUAAUACGAUAUUGUAUUCGUUAUAUAAUCAUACAUUUUCGUCGCCUCUGAAAUCGCCGGUAAAUCGUAUACCUACCUACGCAUUGUGAUCGAAAAAUAUUUAUGAAAAAAAAAAAUACCCGUUUCGUGAUAUGCAGUUAUCUAUGUGUUUCAUCGACCAGCCGUAUACAUGAAAACUACUGCAAUGUGCAUAUAAUUAUUAUUUUAUUAUUACACAUAUUUGAUAUUAUUAUUAAUAUUAUACCGUAUUAUAUAUAUUAUUAUACGGCUCGGCAGGAACGCCAUACGCGCCCGUCCCUGUCCCGUCAUCGACGUCGAACGACACAAGCUAUACGCCUUUAUGUGUAGUAUGGCUAUAUUAAUAUUAUAUAUAUAUAUAUAUAUGUAUACGCGUGAUAAUAAAAACACCUGCUGUUGCGAAUAUAAUAUAAUAAUAUCAUGUACGUACGCCACUGUUAUUAAUAUAAGUAUUAUUUUUAUUGAA